GCCAAUAGCAGUCAGAAGAAGAAGAAGAGCUGGUGACUCUCUGCGCAUGUGAAGCACAAGAGUAAAUGAGUGGAUGUGUUUUCUCGUAUUUUUUUUUAAAAAACAAUAUCUUUUCGAAUUCAGUUUACCGUAGAAUAAAAUGCCACCAAAGGGUAAAGGUGGGAAAGGAGGUAAAGGAGCUGCUUCAGGAGGUGCAGACGCCGACAAGAAAGAUAAGGCACCAAAGGGAGGCACUGCUGUGAAGGUUCGACACAUCCUCUGUGAAAAACAUGGGAAAUGCAUGGAAGCAAUGGAGAAACUGAAGGCGGGAGUCCGUUUCAGUGAAGUAGCAACACAAUACAGUGAAGACAAAGCUAGACAAGGAGGUGACCUGGGUUGGAUGACGCGAGGAUCGAUGGUCGGACCUUUCCAGGAUGCAGCAUUUGCCCUACCCAUCAGUGCCAUGGAUAAACCAGUCUACACAGACCCUCCCGUCAAGACUAAGUUUGGGUACCACAUCAUUAUGGUUGAGGGGAAAAAGUGAUGUGACAAUGCACAGCAAUAUUUUACACUUUACAUUUUUGUCAAAUUGAUGAACAUUUUUUUGAUUUAUAUUCUGUGUUGAUAA